AUGGCGACUAAAACCAUCUCACUCGUCGUUCAGCCACGGGGCAAGCCCAUUCGAAAUCUCCCCAAGGAACUCGAGAUCUCCUCCAAUGCCUCUAGCGAAGAACUGCACAACGUGCUCUCCGCAGCAUCCGGCUGCUCCGUCCACCGGAUGAGAAUCACCAAGGGCAGCGACCACAGCGUGGUCCCGAAGUCAAAGAACACAACCGUCGGCGACAUCGGCCUGUUAAACUCGAGCGUGAUCUACGUCAAGGAUCUUGGACCCCAAAUCGCCUGGCGCACCGUCUUCAUCAUUGAAUACCUCGGCCCCCUCCUGAUUCCCGCCCUCUUCCUCUUCCCCCUCCGACCUCUCCUGUACUUCCGCUUCGACAAGCCCCUCCCCACACCCUCCGACAUACAGCUCCUGGUCUGCGGUCUGCUGACCCUGCACUUCCUGAAGCGCGAGUAUGAGACCAUCUUCGUGCACCGCUUCAGCAGCGCCACCAUGCCCGCCCGCAACAUCGUCAAGAACAGUGCCCACUACUGGGUGCUGGCCGGGUUUAACAUCGCCUACUGGGUCUUCCGUCCGGACUCGGCUGCUGCCAGUGCCAACCCCAACGUGGCUCUUGUGUACGCUGGUCUGGCGCUCUUCGUCUUCGGUGAGAUUGCCAACUUGAAUGCGCACUACAUUCUGCGUAAUCUCCGUCGUCCUGGUACCACUGAGCGUGGCAUUCCUUCUGGAUUUGGGUUCAGUGCUGUCACUUGCCCUAACUACUUCUUUGAGAUCCUUGCUUGGUUGGGUAUCUUCCUUGUCAGUCAGCUCAACUGGAGCGUACUGCUCUUUGUCUUUGUUGGUGGCUUGCAGAUGUGGAGCUGGGCUUGGAAGAAGGAGAAGCGCUACCGCAAGGAGUUUGGUGACAAGUAUAAGAAGAAGCGCUCUGUUAUCUUCCCUGGACUUGCUUAA